AUAUCUUCUACAUAGUAACAUAAAGUUUAGAAAUUAUACAUAUUUAAAUAAAAUCUACCAAACACAAAUUCUCAAAUAUAAUAAAUAUGUAUAACAAAUAAAGAUUUUAAUUUCAUAAAAUCACACUGAUAUAAUGCCAAUUAAUUAAACCAAUAAUAAAUGGUCCAAAAGUAGCACUAUAAUGUUUGAUAUUGAACCGGGUUUUUCCCGGUUCUACUCGUUCAACCGUUUUCCGGGUCAUAAUUAACCGGACCCGGGUUCCUUCUUUUCUAGUCUUUAUCAAGGAAUCGGGUCGGACCUGACAGCAUAGGUCCGUUUCCUGAACUAGGACACGGCGUCGCUUCCAUGUACCGCCUCCGCCGCCGACUCACCUCUCCGCCACCACUCCUCCUCCACACGCUCGCCGCCGCACAAGGCGGCGAAUCCUUCAUCACAAACUCGAUCCCCCCAUCUCAAAUUGCAUCCCUAAUUUCAGAGCAGAAGUGGUCACAUCUCAAACCCAUAAUCGAAUCCUCCGACCCGACCCGUUUCCUCCACCAGCUACUCCACUCCGACGAAUUCGACACCGCCCUCGUCCUCUCCUUCUUCAAAUGGUCGCAGGCCGAUUUUCAGGUAACCCACUCCACCGAACACUACGUCAAGCUCUGUAUUCUACUCGCGAACGACAAAAAAUACCCCAAGAUCCGUUCUUUACUGCACACAUUCGUCAAACGAUGCAAACUUAUCUCAAUCCCCAAUUUCUGCAACGCCCUUUUGACCCUCGGCGACGAUUCGUGCGCGAACAGCGUCGUUUUCGAUAUGCUGAUACUCGCCUGCGUGAAAAACGGCAGGCCCGAAUUAGCGCUGGAGGGGUUUCGGCGGGCCCGCGAUUACGGGCUCAAGCCGUCGUUGAUUUCGUGUAAUCCUAUGUUGUCUGCGUUGUGUAACGAAUGUAGGAUAGGCGAUGUGGAGUUUGUGUACAAGGAGAUGGUUAGGAGGAAACUCGUGCCGAAUUUGAUCACCUACAAUACGGUGAUUAGCGGGUUCGGCAAGGCCGGGAAGUUGAACAAGGCGAUCGACGUAGUCGAGAAUAUGAAGAUUAAUGGGGUUUCGCCGAAUGUGGUUACUUACAACGCUUUGAUUACCGGGUAUUGCAAAAAGGGUGGGGCCGGUAGAAUGUAUAAAGCCGACAUGCUAUUGAAGGAGAUGGUGGAUAGUGGGAUCUCCCCGAAUGUAAUCACGUAUAAUAUUUUAAUAGACGGGUUUUGCAAGGACGAUAACGUGGCUGCGGGUAUUCGGUUGCUUAAAGAAAUGCGAGCGCGAGGUUUAACCCCGUGUGUGAUCACGUAUAAUACGUUGAUUAAUGGAUUAUGCGGUAGUGGAAGAAUCGAAGAAGGAAUUCGGUUGAGGGAUGAAAUGUCGGAAUCGGGUUUGGAGCCGAAUAUCGGUACUUACACGGCGCUCAUUAACGGGUUUUCGAAGAAGAAUUUGUUGGAGGAGGCUCGGGAGUUGUUCGACGAAAUUAUCGAGAAAGGUGUUGUUUCUGUCAAUGUAUUGGCUUUCAAUAGUUUGAUCAACGCGUAUUGUAAAGCGGGCAAAUUGGAAGAAGCGGUGUGCGUACGCAAUUUAAUGCCGGAGAAAAUGGUUUCCCCGAACGUCUCUACGUACAAUUGCUUGAUCGGGGGUUACUACGAAGAUGGGAACGCGGAAGCUGCACGGAAGCUUCUAGAAGAGAUGGAGGAGAAGGGUUUGGUACCCGAUGUGGUGACGUACAACGUAAGAAUAAACGCAAUGUGCGACGUAGGCGAAACGAGAAAGGCGGUUCGAAUUCUUGACGAGAUGCGGAAGAAGGGAGUGGACCCGAGCCACAUUACGUAUAAUGCUUUGAUUGGUGGAUACUGCAAGCAAGGAAACCCUAACGCAGCUCUGACUUUGAGGAAGAGAAUGGAGAAAGAAGGGAAGCGGUCGAAUGUCGUGACGUAUAAUUUGUUGAUCAAGGGUUUUUCCGAGAUCGGUAAAAUGGAAGAAGCAAACGGAUUUCUUAACGAGAUGUUGGAGAAAGGGUUUGUACCUAACGAAAUAACCUACGGCAUUAUUAAGGAGGAAAUGAUGGAUAAGGGAUUUGCACCGGAUAUAGACGGGCAUAUGUAUAACGGCAGCUCUGCUAAAACUUAGAUAGUGAAUUUACCGAUACGCCCUUGUAAACGGGCUUCCCCUAUUUUCUCACUGUCGUAUACUCGGAAUCAAGAAAGGCCGAUUUUUUUUUUUUUUUUUUUAAUUACCUGUCCUUUUGCGCCUUUUUGAGUUAAUAUUUUGUAGACAUGAUCAAGAAUUGCGUAAUGCGAAAGCUUGUGAAAAUAUUUUUCCG